UUAAGGGGUGACCUUUCGAGAGUUAGCCCCUCGUCGAUCGCUCUGACGAAAGGCCAACGCUCGAAACGCCAACCUUUAAACUCUUUAUGGUGCCCAAUUUAUGUUUUCAACUCAGUUGAUAACACCAAAUUACCCUCUAAGGGUGGUAAAUAACUGUCCUCAUUUUGGUCAAAGGAUUAUCCAUUCCGGUCCAUAAUGACUACUAGUUCAGAGAUUCUACCCAAUGAUCGGAGGAAAGGCUUGAUAAGUAACAGCCUUCAAGUCAGUGGGAAAGAGGAAACCUCAAGCUCAGAGUGUUCCUCUGGAGGUUGUUUACCUGGGAUUUCUCACUGCGGAGCUAUCCUCCUUAUCAAUUGUUUUUUGAACUUUAUCAUGGAUUUUGCUACAGAAGCGGUGUUUUCACCAUUUUUUCCUCAAGAGGCAAGGGAUAAAGGCGUGUCUGGAACUAUAGUGGGUUUGAUCUUUGGAACUUAUUCGUUUGUGAUUUUCAUUUUUUCGCCAUUUUGUGGAGUUCUUAUACCAAAAUAUGGCCCUAGGUUUGUUCUCUACUCAGGGCUUCUUCUUUGUGGGGGAUCAUUGGUUUUAUUUGGAUUUUGUGACAUGAUUGUAGAUCGGGAUGUGUUCAUAGCUGUUUGCUUUGUGUUAAGAGCAACAUGUGCCAUUGGAGGGGCUGCAACUGAAACCUCAACAGUGUCCAUUUUACUGACAAAAUUUCCUGAUAAUGUUGGAAUGGUUUCAGGCGUGGUGGAGACAGCUGCUGGAGCCGGAAAUGCCUUUGGUCCAGUUAUUGGAGGAUUUCUUUACACAGUUGGUGGUUUUAAACUUCCAUUCUUUGUCACGGGUGGCACUUUGAUUGGUGCAAUUCCAAUUAUAGCAUUGGCACUUGGCAAAGGAGAAGAAGAGAAGAAAGACGAGGACAAGGAAUCAAUAUCCAGGUUAAAAGUGCUUAAAAUUCCAUCUGCACUCAUGUUAUCUCUCUGCUUUGUCGUCAGUGGUUUUUCAUUUCCUUACUUUGAGCCUGUCUUAGGGCCGCAUUUAGAGCAGAUGGGUCAAAAUACAACACAGAUUUAUCUCGUUUUUCUUUAUUGGUCUGGCACGUACACUCUGUUAGCGCCAAUAGUGGGCUACAUAGGAGAUAAAACGAACUGUUAUCGAUCGAUGAUUAUAGUAGGUUUUAUUGGAUUUUUCAUUGGAUAUCUGUUGAUGGGACCUGCUUCAUUUCUCACGUUCUUACCACCUAAGACGAUUUGGCUGGUUAUUUUUGCAAUAACCAUCCAAGGAAUUGCUGGUGGUUUUGCUUUUGUACCCAUCAUGCCUGACCUUAUUAAAAGUUUAAGGGCAAAUGGAAUGCCCGAUAAUUCCUCCACAAACGCGCUUGUGUCGAGUAUUUACGGUUCUAUGUACUAUUUAGGAGCAACAAUUGGACCCAGUCUGGCUGGAGUAUUAGAUGAUCAUUUUGGAUUUGAGUGGGCCAUGAGUGUAGCAGCUUUCAUCUGCCUUUUCCAUACCCUGGUGAUUUGUUUAUUCACGAUGAGUGAAAAGAUCUCUUUAAGGGGAAAUUCUGACCCAUCAGAAAGGGAACCUCUCACUGUUAACAGCAGGAAGAGGACAACAAUUGAAUGAAAUGUUGACAAGUGUUUAAAAUGUAAAGUUGGAUUUAACAUGUAGAAACAUGUCACGAUGACUCUUCGCCGAAGAAGAAAGAAAAGUAAUGUUAUUUAAAGCAAAGUGAAGAAGAACCAAAUAAAUCCCGGAUAACUGUUGAUAAUAUCCUCUCGAGCUCAACGUUACCGUAAUUACCACCAACGUUUCGCUUUUUUCUACAGGAAAAACAGUUAGCAUGAAAUAUGUAAUAAAUUAAGCUACGUACAAAAAAAAGCUACCAUGUUAUUAAAAGUAACAAGUCCCUUCCUAAACGAAAUAAUAUCCCACCUACGAUAUUUAAUAUUCAGGCGUUGAACAAAACACCUCAGUGCUAAAUUCUU